CAAAGAAAACAAGGAGAUAAAAAAAAUCUGAGCCUUAUAAAGACCGAAACUUUCGGAUCGCGCACAGUCACUCUAGUAAGGGGGAUCACAGGAACGAGAUUGAGACGUUCGCAAAGAGAGAUGCGGUGCCAUGUCGUGACUAUUCCCGGAAGCGAUUACCGCUUCUUCUCCCCAGCACCUGUAUCUGUCCCCUCCAACACCACUUCCAAUCACAAAUCUCUCAGUUUCCCCUUUCGAACCGGCGGUUUUGGCUCUCUGAGAGUUAAAGCCGCUGUGAACGACGGCUAUGUGGCCGAGGCCUCCAAGGCCUCCAAGUUGAGCUUCUACGAGCUUCUGGGUAUUCCCGAAUCUGGGUCCUUGCUUGAGAUCAAGCAGGCGUACAAGCAGCUCGCGCUCAAGUACCACCCUGAUGUGUCGCCGCCAGAUCGGGUGGAGGAGAAUACGAAGAGGUUCAUUCAGGUGCAGGAGGCCUAUGAGACCUUGUCUGAUCCUAGAAGGAGAGCUAUGUAUGAUAGAGACAUGGCCAGAGGGAUCCACUUGGCCUUCUCCGCUCGCCGGUGCUACUACGACGGCGAGGUAAUCGAACAGAGAAGUGAGUGGAAAGCCCGUUGGCAAAGUCAGCUAUCAGAGCUGAAUCGAAGAAGCAAGCUCAAGGAAAAUGAAGAAAAUAUGUCGUGGGCCGCUCGAAUGCGUCGUCGAAGGGCAGAAUCGUGUAACGAAUCAUAACUACUUAGCUUCUCUCUGUGUGAAUAUGCAUACUUAUAGGUGGAUAUAAGCUUAGUUUCUUCCUUGUAUAGAAGGAAGAUAAAUCGGGCAGUGAGAUAGAGAUUUGUGUCGGAUUCACCUCACACUAGUAGCUGAGUGUUGUUCCUAUCUCUUUCUCACUCCUUAAUAUAAAGUCCUGAUUCUCCGAAUCUGUUGGUCGGUGUUUAAGCCGUUGCCUGCAAGAAAUCUUCAUGUUUGCUUCCAUGGAGCUUUACUUUUCUCAAUUUGAUGAGCCUAGUCUUCUGGCUUUGAACGCAACGAUUGUAUAUAUUAUUGCAUCAGAAAGGCUUGUCAGCAGUCUACCCGACCCUUUCAUGUCA